AUGGAAAGCGAAGGAACAUAUGACGAACAACUCGCAAAAGCUACGCAAAUGUCUCUAAGCGACAGCCAAACGAUUCCUGGGCAAGAGACGGGUGUGACAUACGGGAACACGUACUUUGGUCCUCCUACCCAAAGCCACUAUGAGAACGAUCAAUGGGCACUGACUGUGCCGGAAGCCAACACACAGGAGAUACGUCUCGACCCUGAACCUCUGGACAGAAAGCGUCUCUUAGGCACGCCUGCGCUCCUCAAGCCAACUACUCAGAAUCGUGAUUUAGCGGUAUUGUUGAAAAUCUUCCACGAGAUACCCAUGGCCCGCGAGGCACUUUUGAAUAGGGAAUAUCUCAUUGGCGACUAUGGCCGAGACAACGAAUGGUGGAACGGAGCUCCCAUAAAAAGCCUUCGUGUCGUGAACAUGGAUGAAGACGAUCGUGAUCGGCCGCUGAGUGAUGUUCUACAAGAGACACAGCGUUUGAUGGCUUUUCUCGACGAUACUGAUAGAACAUAUGGGAGUGCGGAUGUGCUUGCAACUCUUCCAGCGCUCGAAAAAGUCCCAGAGGCCGACAAUUUGGUAGCGGUAUAUCUAGAAAAGUGGAUGAACGCCUCGCUAGACCUCUCGGAUGACGACUUCCUAUGUAGGAUUUUCGGCUCAUCCGCAACGAAGAGGGCCGCUGAGGAGCACAUGCUACCCGAUAAGACGCCUUUCACAUGCCCACAAAUUCGGGUCGACUCCGAAAAUGCAGACCGAGGAUUCUCAUUAUAUGAAGCGUUCGAUGACCUUUUUUGGACGAAUACCGAUGAGAUUUUUCUAGACGAACUUGGCGAGAUCCUCACCUUUGAGGUUCAAAACCAUACGUCUAACAGCACUAGCCUUGGUGUUACAAUCCCCGCCAUCUGGUACGCCGACCGAUAUCUAGAAUCCGCCAUACCAGAGGCGAAAAUAAUGAACCAACGUAAAGCGAAGAUCUACGAAGAGACACAAGGCAUAGACGAUCUUAAAAAACUGAUGACUGAAGUUCAAAAUCCUAGCACAGGCAAAACUGUGAAUACAGAUUUACUCCUGGUAAUCAUAGCUAAGUAUCUCACAAACACGAAAGAAUAUAAAUGCAAUGCGAUGAACCCCGAAUCAGACAAAUCAAUGGACGCUUCACCUGACUUGGAGCCCCUGGCAGCCGAGUUGGCCCAAUUAGGCAAGAGUAUAGCAGAAAAGCUAGAAGUAUUGGAGGAGCUAAAAGGGAGUUACUCACAGCGUAUAAUGGAGGUCUGCAGUCUGCUUAAAGGAUCUUCCGGUGAUCCAAAUCACCAACCCAAGCAUAAAUACACGCUUCGAGGCGUGAGAACGCAUCCACAUUCUUUUUAUGUUUUGGAAAGGAAGGUAUUUCAGGAUGAAGACAAGAUGAGCAGCUCAGAUUCCUCAGAUUACGAGUGGUGGAAGAUUCAAUACGAUUCCAGCUCCUCCAAUCCAGUACAGACUAAGCAAGUGACAGAAAAUGAGGUCUUGACGGCAGCUAGCACGGAUUGCAAUAAGGCUUUGCUUGUCUAUGCUAGUGAUCGCGCUGUAUCCUAUACGCCUGAGACCUUACCACCACAGCUUCUCAACUUCGUCCGUGCGGACAAUCUAGCUUUUCAGGCAGAGAUCGACAAUUUUAUCGCGCAGGACGUUCGUGACUUUGACCCACCGACGAUCCCCAAACGAAAAGCAAACGACUCUGAUCUAGAAGUCGAGUACAAUCGCUCACCUGGUGCUCGGUCAAAUGGGAAUGCUAGCAGUAGCACCAGUAGCAGUCCUCUGGAUGAAGAUCCAACAGAUCCGUUUGAGGACGACGAGGAUUACUCACUGGAGCCUCGCCCCCCGCCACCUAAAUUGCGGCCACUUGAGCCGAAGCCGCGCCAGACGACAGGAUCGUCCGACGAUCACAUACCUGUCAGUCUACGAGGAGGCCAAGAGAUGCAGGAGAGUACGAGCGGUCGAGACCUUUUGAGGCAAUAUCAAGGAAAGUAUCAAUUGGGUAGCUAUAAGCCAGAGAUCGAUAUGGAUGACGAUGAUGAUGGAUAUGUAGCAGGGGGAGAAGGUCGGAAUAGGGACUGA